AGUUCCGCCGGCGCUUCCCCGGCGGCUCCCGGGCGCUGACUCUCCCAGCCUUCUCCGCCCUCCUUGCUUCUCGCGGCGCCAGGAGGUUCCGCAGCUCGGCUUCGGACUCCACCGGGAGCAGCUUCUCUCGCUUUCGCCACGGCGCGGACAGUAAAUUAAUGCUUCGUGUUUGAGGGGAGGGGGCGGCUUGGCGCUCGGUCACAGCUUUCUCGACUGGCUGGAGACGGUCACAGUCGACAUGGGCUGUUUCUGCGCUGUUCCGGAAGAAUUUUACUGCGAAGUUUUGCUCUUGGAUGAAUCCAAGUUAACUCUCACCACCCAGCAGCAGGGCAUCAAGAAGUCAACAAAAGGUUCCAUUGUCUUGGACCAUGUCUUCCGUCACAUAAACCUUGUGGAGAUAGAUUAUUUUGGACUGCGUUAUUGUGACAGAAGCCAUCAGACGUAUUGGCUGGAUCCUGCAAAAACCCUUGCCGAACACAAAGAACUGAUCAACACUGGACCUCCAUAUACUUUGUAUUUUGGUAUUAAGUUCUAUGCUGAAGAUCCAUGUAAACUGAAAGAAGAAAUAACCAGAUAUCAGUUUUUCUUGCAGGUGAAACAAGAUGUGCUUCAGGGCCGGCUGCCCUGCCCCGUCAACAUUGCUGCUCAGCUGGGAGCCUACGCCAUCCAGUCUGAACUUGGAGAUUAUGACCCAUACAAGCAUACUGCAGGAUAUGUGUCAGAGUACCGGUUUGUUCCUGAUCAGAAGGAAGAACUUGAAGAAGCCAUAGAAAGGAUUCAUAAAACUCUAAUGGGUCAGGCUCCUUCUGAAGCUGAACUGAAUUACUUGAGGACAGCCAAAUCCCUGGAGAUGUAUGGUGUUGACCUCCAUCCUGUCUAUGGAGAAAACAAGUCUGAGUAUUUCUUAGGAUUAACUCCCGUUGGUGUUGUUGUCUACAAGAAUAAAAAGCAAGUGGGGAAGUACUUCUGGCCUCGGAUUACAAAAGUUCACUUCAAGGAGACUCAGUUUGAACUCAGAGUGUUGGGAAAAGAUUGCAAUGAAACCUCAUUCUUUUUUGAAGCUCGAAGUAAAACCGCUUGCAAGCAUCUCUGGAAGUGCAGUGUAGAACAUCAUACAUUUUUUAGAAUGCCAGAAACAGAAUCAAAUUCAUUGUCAAGAAAACUCAGCAAGUUUGGAUCCAUCAGUUAUAAGCAUCGGUACAGUGGCAGGACAGCUUCACAAAUGAGCCGAGAUCUUUCUAUUCAACUUCCCCGGCCUGAUCAGAAUGUGUCAAGAAGUCGAAGCAAAACUUACCCUAAGAGAAUAGCACAGACACAGCCAGUUGGAUCAAAUAGCAUAAACCGGAUAACUACAAACCUGGAAAAUGGAGAAACUGAAGGAACAACUAAAAUUAUUGCACCUUCACCAAUAAAAAGCUUUAAGAAAGUAAAGAAUGAAAACAGCCCUGAUACCCAAAGAAACAAAUCUCAAGCACCGUGGGAAGAAAAUGGUCCCCAGAGUGGGCUCUACAACUCUCCCAGUGACCGCACUAAAUCACCAAAGUUCCCCUAUGCACGGCGUCGAAACCCCUCCUGUGGAAGUGACAAUGACUCUCUGCAGCCAAUGAGGAGAAGGAAAGCCCAUAACAGUGGUGAAGACUCAGAUCUAAAGCAAAGAAGGAGGUCUCGCUCACGCUGUAACACAAGCAGUGGUAGUGAAUCCGAAAAUUCUAACAGAGAACACCGGAAAAAGAGAAACAGAAUACGGCAGGAGAACGAUAUGGUUGAUUCAGCGCCUCAGUGGGAAGCUGUGUUAAGGAGACAAAAGGAAAAAAACCAAGCAGACCCCAACAACAGGCGAUCCAGACACAGAUCUCGCUCGAGAAGCCCUGAUAUUCAAGCAAAAGAGGAAUUAUGGAAGCAUAUACAAAAGGAACUUGUGGAUCCCUCUGGAAUGUCAGAAGAGCAAUUGAAAGAGAUCCCAUACACUAAAAUAGAGACUCAGGGUGACCCAGUCCGCAUCAGGCAUUCUCAUUCACCACGAAGUUACCGCCAGUAUCGAAGGUCCCAGUGUUCAGAUGGAGAGCGAUCUGUUCUCUCAGAAGUGAAUUCAAAAACAGAUCUUGUACCACCACUUCCAGUGACUCGUUCUUCAGAUGCUCAGGGUUCUGGUGGCUCUACAGUUCAUCAGAGAAGAAAUGGGUCUAAAGACAGCCUGAUUGAAGACAAAUCUCAGACAUCUACAAGCAAUCUAACUGGAAAGCACACAGCAAAAACAAUAAAAACUAUUCAAGCUGCUCGCCUCAAGAUAGAGACUUGAUCCUGGUGAAGGGCCAGGAAUGGGAGUGGGAGGGGUGUUGUGUGCCACUGGUACUUUGAAACUGUGAAUUUAUUCAAACCUUGCAAGUGUUUCUUCAGCACAAUAAUAAUCUUUUGGUUCUUUAAAGGGUCAACUACAGCAUACCUAUGCUGAAGGGCCUUUUAACUGGAAGGAGAGUCUUGUAAAAACUCUAAUUUUCCUUUCUGAAACAGGGUAACAAACUAUCCAGCUCUAUCUUAUGUCUGUCCACCACCAGAUGCUUCAACCUGGAAUCCUGGCCUGCAGCUGGCUUGCUGUGCAAUAGUAUACCAAGUGGGAGGAAAACAUUCUUCCCAGUUCUUGGUGGUUUUCAGCUUGUGCUGAGGUGCACAAGGACUAAGACAUCACUUUCAAACUGCAAU